UGCCAGACUUCGGCCCUCUCGGCCUUGCUCACGAACCAGUAUAUCGGCCAGUGCGCCACCGACUCGGGAUACUCAUUCUCAUACGGCACUCAGCCCGAUGCUGAGGAGGUUGCCGGUAUGUGUGCGUCGAGUGCAUGCGCCAAUUUGCUCGCUGACGUGGAGGCGUUGGGUUUGUCGGAAUGCAUUCUACCUAUCGGCGACAAGAUCUACUUGUUCCGCGACCUCGUGGGCUACGUCGCGGACCAGUGC